CAUCGAUGGACCAAGAAUGACACCCAACAUUAGUAUAAUAAUACCAAACCCGCUGCCGCCCCGCAGGCUUCGACAACAAACACCCGACUUCUUCGCCAAGCCCCCCGAACAGUCGCCAACAUGCCUAAGAACAAGGGAAAGGGUGGUAAGAACAGGAGACGUGGAAAGAACGAGAACGACAACGAGAAGCGCGAGCUCGUGUUCAAGGAGGAGGGCCAGGAGUACGCACAGGUCGUCAAGAUGCUGGGCAACGGCCGCCUGGAGGCGCAGUGCUUCGACGGCGCGCGCCGCCUCGCGCAUAUCCGCGGCAAGCUGAGGAAGAAGGUCUGGAUCAACCAGGGCGACAUCAUCCUGCUGUCGCUGCGAGACUACCAGGACGAGAAGGGCGACGUCAUCAUGAAGUACUCUGCCGACGAAGCCCGUUCAUUAAAGGCCUACGGCGAGCUGCCCGAGAACGCAAAGAUCAACGAGACCGACACGUACGGCGACCAGGGCGACGAGGGCAUCGGCUUCGAGUUCGACGAGGACCGCGACUCCGAGGACGAGGAGGACGUCGACGGCACGGGCAAGAAGGAGAUUGACAUUGACGACAUCUAAACGGUUGGCAGUGUGCGGAUGGAGGACGUCGCGUUCCGCCAUGCUGUCUCGGCUGCUGUGCGAGUACACGGGGCUGAGCUGCUCAAAUGCUGCUUCUUGCGAGCGGGCGGAUGGAUGGUGGAAAAGUCACUGACGAGGGGAUGAGAUUAUGUGGGAUAGACGAAUACAGACAUACCCUUCCU